AUGGGGAAAUACCGAUGGUUCCCCUUGAGAGAAACCUUGUUUGAAAUUGUACAUCACUUGAAAAGAGAUGGAAAUCCUGAGAGGUGGACUGAAGCUUGGAUAAAAAUAACUAAGAAUGGGGUUUGUCCUUCUUGCCAUCAAAGUUUAAUGGGAACUGAAUUGGCCAAUAGAGAAUUUCGGAAAUUGCAGUCAACAUUUUUGAAAAAGACAUUGAUUGGAGAUGACAUCUACCAGCGUUCACAUCCACUUGAGCUAAAGAAUUUUAGAAAAUUUGUUGAAGAACAUGCACCUUUUGAUAUUGUCAUUGAUUCAUUAAAUGUUGCUUCUAAGAUAUCACAACACAAAAGAUCUUUUCAGUUGCGGAAAGUGGUUGAAUAUUUUGCUCUGGAAAAACAUAUGAAAGUUCUUGUAAUAGGACGGAAACACAUGAAAAAGUGGCACCAGACAGAUAUGAAUUAUAUAAUAAAACAUGCAAGCUGCUUCUUUCUUGAAAAUAUUUCUAAAGAUGAUCCUUACCUACUAUAUGCCACCAUGUAUAGUGGGCCAAAGACAAUGUUUGUUUCUUCAGAUGAAAUGCGAGACCACAAGUACCUGCUUGGAGAGGUAAUGGGUGAGAUUUUCACCAAAUGGCAGCGAAGUCGGCAGAUUCAAUUCCUUAGAAUUAAUAAACAAGGCAAAAUUAUGUUAGAGUGGCCACGCAAGGAGAAUGUGAAAGCACAAUUUAAUUCUGCUUGGCAUAUUCCAUAUGAUAAUGGAGAAGUAAGACCCUCGUGGCAAGACCCCUUCACAUGGUUAUGCCUCAGACAAUCCACUUUUGAUUUUAAAUAA